CAAUAUUGUGGGAUCACGACCUUAUCUUCUCUCUGCAGUACAAUUCGUUCGUAAUGAGGUCACCGCUCACUUGCGCAAUCAAUGGGUGUCAAGCAAGAUAUGGGAACGAUGGUCUUCCCAUUGGACGCACAAUCGCUUUUACAUUGGGGAUCUUUAAAAGAUUUUCUUACUACGCCAUAGCACGGAUGGCUCGCAGCUGGGGAUGAACAUGAGGUACACUAAUCACUCUAAAUGCUAUAUCGGGUAUAGAGCGGUAGUGCGACCCGUAUGACUCUUUUCUGAAGGCCAUUGUAUAAAGGUUUCGUUUCCGUCCUGCCUCUUCACACGGUCACUCCCGACGUCGGUUUGCAUUCGAAUUACUUCACUACAGUCAUUUUCGAAGCAGUCUUAUCGACUCCAAAAUGCCUUCCAUCGCUGUCACGCCUCAUGAGGAAAAUGGCAAUGUAUCCGAUCUCACCGCACAAGGCAUCAAACACGCCCUCCAGAAGACAGCGCCGUCGCAACUAAAGUCAGCUUCUCUGUCCGACUCCACCACACAAGUACAUUCCGCAAAUCACCAACAUGACGCACCAACGCCCCUCGCCGAACUCGACGCCUCCCUCCUCCAGACCACAUACACCACCUCCCCCCGCCCCGUCCCCGCUCUCGGCUCCCCAGAAAUGGCCUCCCAGAAAGUAUGCACCGACCACAUGAUUCAAGCCAGAUGGACCUCCUCAACCGGUUGGGACGCCCCCACGCUGCAACCCUACGGCCCCCUCUCCCUCAUGCCGACCGCCUCAUGUCUCCACUAUGCGACCGAGUGCUUCGAAGGUAUGAAGCUAUACCGCGGGUACGACGGCAAACUGCGCCUCUUCCGCCCGCAGCUCAACUGCGCCCGCAUGCUCAUGUCCACUUCUCGGAUCGCGCUACCUGGUUUUCCGCCUGAGGAGCUGCUCAAGCUAAUUGUGAGACUGUGCGCGACGGACGGCGCGAAAUGGCUUCCGAAGGACCGCCCUGGCUCGUUCCUCUACAUCCGCCCCACAAUGAUAGCAUCCGAUCCCGCGCUAGGUGUGCAGCGCCCGACAGAAGCCCUGCUCUUCGUCAUACUGACGUGUUUCGCGCCGAUGGAUGCGUUGGAUGGCGGCAUGCGGCUGCUCGCGAGCAAGGACGACAUGGUGCGCGCGUGGCCGGGGGGCUUCGGGUAUGCGAAGGUGGGCGCGAACUACGGGCCGAGUCUGGUGGCGCAGGGCGAGGCGCGCGCGCUAGGGUACCAUCAGAUUUUGUGGCUGUUUGGGGAGGAGUGCUUCGUGACGGAGGCGGGGGCGAGUAAUUUCUUCGUGGUGUGGCGGACGAGGGAGGGCGUGAUGCAGAUUGUGACUGCGUGCUUGACGGAGCGGAUCGUGCUGGAUGGGGUUACGCGACGAUCGGUGCUGGAGCUAGCGAGGGAGCGCUUUGCGAUUGGAUAUGAGGGGCUUGAGGCUGUGGAAGUUGUCGAGCGCAAGUUCAGCAUGGCGGAGGUAGUGGAGGCUGUGGAGGAGGGGAGGCUGAUCGAGGCAUUUGCGGCAGGAACAGCAUGGUUCGUUGCCCCUGUUGGCCAUAUCCAUUUCCGGGGAAAGGACUUCAAGGUGCCGAUGGGCGAGAAUGGGCAGAGUGGGCGGUACACGGCUGUGGUGAAAGAGUGGCUUAGAGGAAUCAUGUGGGGCACGAACGGGCAAGAGAGCCAUGAGUGGGGACAUAUCGUAGAUGAGAAAUAAGCAAGAGUUGGAAGCUGGUGUGAUCUCAUCGUCUUAUUAUACCGUCUGCACGGACUUGACCGACGGAUUCUUUACUUUCGAGCAAUGUCAAGAAAUUCCCCGUCACCUACUGGAUGCUGCACGAUUGAAACAUUCUUAUCUCAACUCCACAAUGCGCUUUUCGAAGUAAUCUGUAUCGUACCGAUGUAUCGUACAUCUCUGGGGCACAUACUUCCUUCACUUGAUGAACCUCAGCCACCCCAAUCCUGCAGGCUUAGUGUUGAAUUUCGUUUCCGUCUUCACUGGCGGGCUACCCUCCA